AUGUCUACGAAACAAAAGGUUUUGCUCCUUGGGGCUACUGGCGCAACCGGGAUUUCCAUAUUAGAUGGGCUACUCGAAACCAAACAAUUCGAUGUCGAGGUUCUAGUACGCCCAAGUUCAGUGGAAAAGCCAUCCGUUCAGCAAAUCAAGGAUCGUGGUGUUCCACUGCGUGUGUCUGAUCUCAACGCAUCGCAAGAAGAGCUUGUUUCUACCUUGCAGGGUAUUGGGAUUCUGAUCAGUGCCAUCGGCCCUCACGACGUCUUGCAACAGAAGACUCUAGUGAGAGCUGCGAAGUCUGCAGGAAUCAAACGGUUCAUCCCUUGUGCCUUCAUCACAAUUGCUCCACCACAGGGGACAAUGUUGCUACGCGACGAGAAGGAGAUCAUAUACAAUGAGAUCAAAAGACUAGAGCUGCCCUACACGGUCAUCGAUUUUGGGUACUGGCAUCAGAUUUCCUUUCCCUGCCUGCCAUCUGGGCGAGUCGAUUACGUAGUUUGGUACAUGCGUGAUAUCGGCCGCUUUGUUUCACGAAUUAUUGUCGAUGAACGAACGGUGAAUAAGUAUGUUUACACUUGGGGCGAUAUUCUGACGGAAAACGAGAUUCUUGAUAUCGUUGAGGAAUUGUCGGGCGAGAAAGUCAAGAGCCAACAUAAGAGUGUUCAAGAAAUGGAAAACCAACUCGAUGAUGCCCAGUCAUCCCUUUCUCUUGAUCCAACAGAUCCCGGCAAGCGCACGUUGGUCUACAUUGCGCAGUACGUAUACAGCAAGUAUGUCCGGCAGGACAACCAACCACGUUACGCAAAUUAUUUUGGCUACCUUGACGCAAGGGAGCUGUAUCCCGACUUUAAGCCAAUCUCUUUCCGCGAACUCUUUACCGAGGUCCUCCAGGGGAAAGGCAAAACGCCCGAUGGGCAUUAA